CACGCUAAAGUAUUGUCACAGCGAAAGGAGAAUAUAUCCCAACUUUUUCCCCUUAUUAUCAUCAUUCAUCAAAUAAAUGUAAGCCCCCAAUAUUUUCCAUUUUCAUGGUAUAUGUGUCUUCUUUAAUCUGACUUUAGACCUAUCAUUCAAUCAAAGUAAAAUUAAUUUAACUAUGCCACAAAUAUACCUCCACAUAAACAUUCCUUUCAUCAACAAGAUGCGUCUUUUGAUAUUUUGUGUGUAUAUAACAUGCAUGAUCUCUUCACUAUUAACUAAUAUUUUGAUCUGUAUUUCAGUAUUUGCUAACUAAACAAUACCUAAAGGGCAACAAAAUAACUCUAAUAAACAAAUAAAACGAUAAAAAUACGUCAAAUAAUAAAUAUAUUCCUACCAUUUUUAAAAAUAUACCACAUUUAGUUAAUAGCCAUGUACAUGUUAAACCUGAUAAUAUCAUCAUAGUUUUUCACAUGAUAAAGAUCAAAUAAUGAAUAAAAGUAAGUCAUGCAAAUAAUACAACUACGUUUACUACAAAAAUAAUACUACUAUCACUGUAUUACUGCAAACAGGAUCGGAUACAAGAAUAGGGAAUGGACACCCAGUCACAUUUGAGUUUCGUAAUGCAAAAUGAGAAUAACUCAAUUAGUCAAUUGUUUAAUUAAUCUUAAAAACUCUCUUUACUGCCUCCAAUAAUGUAUUUGCUUCAAUUAUAUAUAAAUAAUCUUUGUUUGAAAAUAAAAAAAAAUAUAAUCUCUUUUUAUUAUGCACGAUAAAUUUUACUAUUCCGUCUCUUACUUGCAAAUUCGUUUUAGUAAGCUUUUUGCAUCAUUUUUUAUCAGCUAUGUCAAAACGCAUACUAUAAAACAAAAACUUGAUUCCAAAACUCUCUCACACACAAACUCACAUUCCUUUUUUAUUCGUCUAAUUUCUUUCUCUUGAUUUCUCUCAUGGCGAGGAGUAGUGGAAGCCUCAAAUUAGAGAUCAACACCGACGACAAGACGCCGGGAAAGUGGAGCGUACCGCUUGGCGAGGACGUUUUCCGGAGGUUCUUGAGCAGCGGAGGAGGCUCGGAGAAGGUUGUGUUCAGCGAGGGAUCUAUUUUCAGCCCGUUUUUGUUCGGAAAGUACUUUGAUCCGUCAGAUGCGUUUCCUUUAUGGGAAUUCGAGGCGGAUGUUUUGCUGGGGAGCCUCAGGAGCUUAGGACAGUGUAGAGUCGACUGGUCUGAAACCGAUCAAGCAUAUGUCCUUAAAUCUGACCUCCCCGUGGUGGGGAAAAAUAACGUGCAGGUGUAUGUGGACGUUAAUGGAAAAGUGAUGGAGAUUAGCGGCCAAUGGAAAACGGCGGCCAACGGCGAUUGGAGAAGCGGCCGGUGGUGGGAAUACGGCUACGUCCGCCGUCUCGAGCUUCCCGGCGAUGCCGACCUCAAAAACUCCGAAGCUUUCAUCUCAAACAAAGACGGUUACUCUUUCUUAGAGAUCAAAAUCCCCAAGAACAAGUUUUAAUAAUGUUGUGUCAUCCGUUGAUGAGCAUUAAUUUUAGUUUUUCUUAUAUAGAAUGAUAUGUAAUACUUUUCUGUGGUGGACACACAAAGAUCAUGAACGAUACUAUACAUGCGUAUAUACUAUAUUUGAGCGGAAAAUCGUAUAUGUUACAGAGACUAUAUGAUUAUAUCGAUCAUAGACUAAUCAUUACAGGGAUUACACA